UACUAAAAUUAGACGCACAUGUAACUGAAGUUGCAAUGAUGUCCAAACAACCCAUCUCAAAAUCAAAUGUUCUUAUCCAAUCCGCGACAGCCACCACUAUUACUUAACAGUAACACCAUCAGGCCUCCAAGUCUUCGUGUCUUGUCCGAGUUACUUCACAUCGCACUCUCUUUGGACUUAAUAUAUACUAGAGCGAAGCGCGGCAGUGUCACCUGCGGUUGCACCAACCCAAAAGAUGAUACCAGUCGACGAAGCUCUUCAGAUUGUGCUCAGCGUUGCCCAGAAACUGCCACCUGCCACCGUCCCACUUCACCAAGCUCUUGGAAAAGUUUUGGCUCAAGAUAUCGUUGCUCCGGACCCUUUGCCUCCUUAUCCAGCCUCAAUCAAGGAUGGUUAUGCUGUGAUUGCUUCGGAUGGUCCUGGUGAGUAUCCUGUAAUAGUUGAAUCAAGAGCUGGAAAUGAUGGCCUUGGUGUUACAGUGACUCCUGGAACUGUUGCAUAUGUCACAACUGGAGGACCAAUACCCGAUGGUGCUGAUGCAGUUGUCCAAGUUGAGGACACUGAACAGGUUAAAGCUUCUUCUGAAGCAAAGCAUGUAAAGAUAUUGGUGCAAACUAGUAAAGGUGUUGAUAUUCGUCAAGUGGGAUGCGACAUUCAGAAAGAAGCAGUAGUUCUAAACUCUGGAGAAAGAAUAGGUGCUUCAGAAGUGGGACUGCUUGCUACAGUUGGUGUUACUAUGGUGAAGGUGCAGCCUACACCAACGAUUGCUGUACUUUCUACUGGAGAUGAACUUGUAGAGCCCACAGUAGGGUCCCUAAGUCGUGGCAAGAUUAGGGAUUCCAACCGUGCAAUGUUAUUGGCAGCUGCAGCACAGGAACAAUGCACAGUGCGUGACCUUGGUCUUGUUGGAGAUGACAAAGAAGAACUUGAGAGGGUCUUGGACGGUGCUUUUUCUUCAGGGAUUAAUAUUCUUCUGACUUCUGGGGGCGUUUCCAUGGGAGAUAAGGAUUUUGUGAAGCCACUGCUUGAAAAGAAGGGGAAAGUGCACUUCAACAAGGUUUGCAUGAAACCAGGGAAACCAUUGACAUUUGCAGAGAUAUGUUUAAACCGGGCGGAGAAUGCAUCAGUGAACAAAGUUCUUGCAUUUGGUUUACCAGGGAAUCCAGUUAGCUGUCUAGUUUGUUUCCAACUCUUUGUGGUCCCUACUGUACGUCUCCUAGCAGGAUGGGAAAAUCCACAUCUUUUGAGAGUGGAAGCUCGACUUCAACAACCAUUAAAGGCAGAUCCAGUUCGGCCAGAAUUUUAUCGUGCUACUAUCAGAUGGGAGGCUAAUGAUGGAUCGGGGAGUGCCGGAUUUGUCGCUGAGAGCACUGGCCACCAAAUGAGUAGUCGGCUUCUGAGUAUGAAGUCAGCUAAUGCUUUGCUCGAGUUGCCAGCUUCAGGGAGAGUUAUUCCUGCUGGAAGUUCUGUCUCAACCAUUGUUAUUUCUGAUUUAAGUGGUACCCCAUUGAGCAAGGCUGCAUCAUCAUAUGAUUCAAGUUCAAGUAGUACGCCACAUAAAAGUGUUCCAAAUGAAAUAAUGGGAGAUAGAUCUCAGGAUGUGCAGUUCAAAGUAGCUGUUCUUACAGUGAGUGAUACUGUUGCAUCAGGUGCUGGCCCUGAUCGAAGUGGGCCAAGGGCAGUAUCUGUUGUGAAUUCCUCAUCGGAAAAGUUAGGAGGUGCAAAGGUAGUUGCUACAGGUGUGGUUUCAGAUGAUGUGGGAAAGAUCAAGGAAGUUUUGCAGAGAUGGAGUGAUAUUGAUAAGCUGGAUCUUAUCCUUACACUUGGUGGCACCGGAUUCACUCCAAGAGAUGUGACCCCUGAAGCAACUAAAGAGGUGAUUGAAAAAGAAACACCUGGUCUUUUGUAUGUCAUGAUGCAAGAGAGUUUAAAGGUAACACCAUUUGCUAUGCUCUCACGCUCAGCAGCAGGCAUAAGAGGGUCAACAUUGAUCAUCAACAUGCCCGGGAAUCCAAAUGCAGUCGCAGAAUGCAUGGAGGCAUUGUUGCCUGCCCUUAAGCAUGCACUAAAGCAGGUAAAGGGUGACAAAAGAGAGAAACAUCCCCGGCACAUCCCUCAUGAACAUGCUACACCAGUGGAUACCUGGGAGCGCAGCCAUAAGUUGGCCUCUGCUGGUAGUGUCAAACCCAGUUGUCCUUGUUCCCAUUAAUAUGCUCUUUUUGUUUAGAGGAUAAGAAAGCAAGAUACAAUCUUUAGCGAUCUUUUGAGAGCCAUAACUUUUUUGUUAUUAUCUGACAUCAAAAUGUGAAUAAAGAUGUCAAAACUUGAGAACUUGAACAAGCAUUGGGGUCGUGCAGAUGAUGAUCAAUUCAUUAUCAAUAAUUGGAUAGAAAUGAGAAAGAAAUUAUAGGUUUUACCAGUAAGGAAA